ACGAAACGACGGCAACAGCCCUACAGCACUACACCAGAGUAAUUUCGUUUUCCUGUUUCUCUGGUUGGUGGUCUCUCAAACUCAAAUCGCCGUGUGGUUUUGUUGCUCUGCUGACAAAAAUUUUUCCCGAAAGAAAAUUUUAAAUCCGAUUAAAUCACCUGUCAUCGUUUGUGCGAAAUUAAAUUAAACUAUCCAUAUUUAUAAACAUGGAUAAUUCGGGCAAGAAUCGUUAUGAAUUAUUAUUCAUGGACGACGAUGUUAGUGAUCCAUUAGAUAAUAUUAUCAAGAAAAAGGUUAAGCAACCAGCUGCUGCUGCUGCUGCUGCUGGUGGUGGUGCUGCAGUAACAGCACCUCCAACUGCUGUCACUACAUCAAACAAAGGACAAACUAACAACACAAAUAAACAAAAUGCUUCAUCUGCCAAUGAUAGUUCAAAGAAAAACUCAUCCGAAAAAGAAAAUAAAUCAUUUGCCAUGAAUAAAAAUGUGGAUUUUAAUAAUCGCAAAUCCAAUGCUGCUUCUGGAAAUAAUACUGCUUCAGCUUCAGCUGGCGGUGGGGGUGGUAGUGGUGGUCUAAGCAAAUCCAACAAAUCCAAUCAACAACAAUUGAGCAACAAUAAUCAAAAUUCAAAUCGCACUAACAGAGAUAAUUUUAAUGGGCCAGCAUCACAAAACCGCAAUAGUACUUCCAAGCCUCAAAAUGGUGAAUCACGAGAACAACGUAACAAUCGUCGUAAUCGUGAAAAUGGUGUUUCUGGAUCGUUAGGUGGUAAUGCUGGUGGAAUUGGAGAAUACAACAAUGAUUCAUUACAACAAAAUCAACAACAACAACAACGCAUACGCCAAAAUAACCAGCGCUUCAAUGGACCACCACGCAAUCGUAGUGGAGCUGACGGUAGCGGUAAUGUACGCGGUGGUAAACGUGAAUUUGAUCGUCAAUCUGGUUCAGAUAAGACUGGAGUUAAGGCUGUUGAUAAACGCGAUGGAGCUGGUGCACAUAAUUGGGGUUCAGUUAAACAAGACAUCGAAGAUAUUAAUAAAUCCAAUGACGAAGCUGGACUUACCGACAAAGAAGAAUCAGGAAAUGAUCAAACAGCAGCAGAACAAAAUGCUUCUAUCGAAGAAGAAACCAAAGAAUUGACCCUUGAUGAAUGGAAGGCACAAAGACAACAACGAGCCAAACCUCAAUUCAAUAUUCGUAAAGCUGGCGAAGGUGAAGAUGUUACACAAUGGAAAAAAAUGAUUGCCUUGAACAAUAAAAAGAAGGAAGGAGAUAGCGAAGAAGAACUUGAAUAUGAUCCAUCAAUGUAUCCACAGCGUGUUGGGCGUUUGCAACGUGUUUUAGAUAUUCAAUUCCACUUCAACGACGGUCGUCGGGGUGGUGGUGGAAUGGGACGUGGUCGUGGACGUGGAUCCAGACCAACUGGUGGCGCUGAGCGUCCAGUUGGUGGUGGUGGUGGUGGCGGUAGUGGUGGUGUUGGUAGUGGAAACGCUGGCGGCGCUAGUGGAGUUGGUGCCCCUGUUGCUCCACUUGGUGGUGGUCGUCCAGAAGGUCCACGCGUUAAUGUCGGUCGACCAAGAAAUGAAAAUCCCAGAAGGGAGGGCGGUGGUAUGGAUAAACAACAACGUGGAGGCCAACAUGCACCAAAGGUUGAUGACGAACGUCAGUUCCCAACCUUAAGCUAAAAAUCUUUAUAAGAACAUACAAAACAAAAUUUUAAAACAAAACCCCAGCAAAAAAAACAAAA